CGAGCAAAACAAAACAAAGUCUAGGCUUUGUUUCGUUUCGCUUUCAAACCCCAACCAAAACCCUAAAUUAAAACAAACUUGAAGCUCGACCAGCUCUAGGGUUAACUUCUGAGAAUUUCGGAAUUGACGAUCGUUGAUUAGUUAAUUCGCAAAUGGAGUUCGACGAGUACGAGUAUUUGGAGAAGACGGUGGAGGAGCAGCAGCCACCGAAGGACGAUGAUUCGUCAGCGAAGAAGAAGGCAAAUCGAGAAGGAGCGGAGAAGAGUGAGCGGAGUUAUCGGAAGAGAGAGGAUAGUGAAGAGGAGGAGGAGGAGCGGGUGAAGAGUGGUAAGAGAUCGCGACACGAGGACGAGGAGAAUGGCGGGAGGAGAGAGAGGGAGAGGGAGAAAGAUAGAGAUAGAGAGCGGGAUAAGGAUCGGAGUCGGAGAGAUCGGGAGAAGGAGAGGGAGAGGGACAGUGAUAGAGACCGAGAGAGGAGUCGAGAGAAGGAGAAGGAUAAGGAGAGGAGAGAGAGGGACAGGGACAGAGAGAAGGAUAGGGAGAGAGAGAAGGAGAGGGAGAGAAGAGAGAGGAGGGAGAGAGAGAAGGAGAAGGAGAAGGAGAAGGAGAGGGAUAGGGAAAGAGAGAGGGAUAAGGAGAGGGAGAGGGAGAGAGAUAGAGAGAGGAGGAGUAGUAGUAGGUCGAGGAGAAGUAGCAGUAGGUCGAGGAGAGAUAGUGAACGGGAACGUGAACGUGAGAAGGAGAGGGAGAGAGAGAGGGAGAUUAGAGAAAAGGAGCGUGAUCUUGAAAUGCGAGAGAGCAGGAGAUAUAAAGAAAAGAAAGAAGUGGUGGAACCUGAAGCUGAUCCAGAGAGAGAUCAAAGAACUGUUUUCGCAUACCAGAUGCCUCUGAAGGCGACUGAAAGAGAUGUUUAUGAGUUUUUCUCAAAAGCGGGCAAGGUGAGGGAUGUUCGACUGAUCAUGGAUCGGAAUUCAAGGCGAUCAAAGGGAGUUGGGUAUAUUGAAUUUUAUGAUGUGAUGUCCGUGCCAAUGGCGAUAGCUUUGUCUGGCCAACUACUUCUUGGACAGCCUGUAAUGGUUAAGCCUUCUGAAGCUGAAAAGAAUCUUGUUCAAUCUAAUGCUUCUGCUGCGGGUGCCACCACUGGACCUUAUGGAGCAAUUGAUCGAAAGCUUUAUGUUGGAAAUUUACACUUUAACAUGACUGAGAUGCAGCUUAGACAGCUAUUUGAACCAUUUGGCCCCGUUGAGCUGGUGCAACUUCCCCUUGACAUUGAAACAGGGCAGUGCAAAGGUUUCGGCUUUGUUCAGUUUGCUCAGCUUGAGCAUGCAAAGGCAGCUCAAAGUGCUCUCAAUGGAAAAUUGGAGAUUGCUGGUCGCACUAUUAAGGUCUCAUCUGUUACUGAUCAUGUUGGACCCCAAGAUACUACAGCAAAAUCUGCUGACUUUGAUGAUGAUGAGGGUGGUGGACUGGCUUUAAAUGCUCAGUCAAGAGCAAUUCUUAUGGCGAAGCUGGAUCGCACUGGCAUAGCCACAAGUAUUGCAGGCUCGCUUGGAGUGUCAAUGGUAAAUGGGUCAGCUGCAAAUCAACAAGUAGUGAGCUUGCCUGUUAUUGGGCAACCUGCAGUUCCUAUUCCUGCUGUUACAGCUCCUGUUAUUCCUGCUCCGGUCUCUGAAUUUAUUGGAUAUCCAAGCGAGUGUUUACUGUUGAAGAAUAUGUUUGAUCCUGCUGCAGAGACGGACCCGGAUUUUGAUUCAGAAAUACAAGAAGAUGUGGAAGCAGAAUGUUCUAAAUAUGGCCGGGUGAAACAUAUACAUGUGGACAAGAACAGCGCUGGUUUUGUGUAUCUACGGUUUGAAUCUGUGGAAGCAGCAGCAGCUGCUCAACGGGCAAUGCAUAUGAGAUGGUUUGCACGCAGAUUGAUAUCAGCCAUAUUCAUGAAACCACAGGAUUAUGAAGACAAAUUCAGAGGCUGAAGUUGAACAGGUUCUGAUUAAUUGAUGGAUUGGAUAAUUUUUGGUGCGGAUAGCUUUCAUGUGCAAUGCCAACUUUAUGUUAUUAAUUUUAGGGAAGAAAUUAGUACCUUUUAAUUCAUACACAAUGCAUUUGAUCUGAAAUAACAGUAAUUUUCUCCACCACUAGGGGAUCUGUUUGUAAUCUCAGCUAUUUCUCUGUAAUUCUUGACUUUCAAAAUUUCAUUUGGGAGUUUUUGAGGCAAAAGUUUAGCCUUUGUAUC